AUGGCCCGACCGGCACCGGCACCGCGCCCGCCCCGCCUGACGUCACCCCCGGGCCCCGCCGGCACCUGCGGGGGGCGGGGCCGGCCGCCGCCAACCCCCCCAGCCCCGGGAGGCACCGCCGGGGCUCCGGGCAUCCCUCGCAUCCCCGCGGAAAGACGCCGCAGGGGUCGGAGCCCCCCGCGCCAUCCGCGGGAGGAGCCGCCCGGGGGUCCCCUCCUCGCUCGCCAUCCCCGGGAAAAGCCGCCCCCGGCAUCGGGUCCCCCCACCCGUUCCGGGGAGGGACCGCCCGGGGGUCCGGUCAGCCCUCGCCAGUCUCAGGGAAAGCCGCACGGAGGGGUGCGAACCCCUCUCGCCAUCCCCGGGAGGAACCACCAAGGGGUCCGUCCAGUCAUCCCUCGCCAUCCCCGGGAAAAGCCGCCCCAGGGAUCGGGACCCCCCGCUCCCCCCUCGCCAUUCCCGGGGAAAGCCGCCCCAGGGGUCCGGACCCCCCUCGCCAUUCCCGGGGCGGGGGAGGCACGGAGAGGUCCGGUCCCCCUCGCCAUCCCCGGGAGGAGCCCGGUGAGCCCGGUGAUCCCUCGCCAGUCCCGGGAGGAGCCGCCCAGGGGAUCCGCUCCCCGCUCCCUGGAUCUGGUUCUCCCCUUCUGCCCCAGCCCCUGCGAGGAGCCGAGGGAGGGGGAUCCCGCCUGGUCCCCACCUCGGGGCACCCCUCGCAGCGGAGGGUGUUGA